AUGGAUAGUGUCUACUACAAAGAGUUAGAUGAUGUCAAAGCAGAAGUGGAGAAGCUCAAGGCAGAAUGCAGAGUCAAAACUCAACUUGUUGAGAGUUUGAAGAAAGAUCGCAGUGAAGAAUUUCUUAAAUUUCAAGAAACUAGGCAGUAUGCUGAGAAACAGGCACAUGAAAUUGAUCUUAAGUCUGAGGAGAUAUAUGAACUGAAGAAAAUUCAUGAAGAUCUCAAAUGUACUUUGCAAGAAAAGGAAAUGCACAUUGCACAUUUGAGUUCUGAGAAUAAAAAGAUCCAAGCAAAUUAUGCUGAGGAGUUGCUAAAAUGGGAGGAAAGUAACAGACAGCUGGUGUCGGCUUUGGAUGAACUGACAGCUAGAAACAAUUAUCUGGAGCAGAGUGCUUGUGCCAGCAGUAAGGAAAUUUCAAGCCUCAGGACACUCUUAUCAGAUACAGAGAAGAAGUAUCUAGAAGCAGAGAAAAAAGUCCAGCAAACUACAACACUGAGGCGGAGAGAUGAUGUGAUAUUGCAGUUAGAGGAAGAAAAUAUCAGUGUGCAUGAUAAAAUUAAAUGGAGAAAUGAACAGUUUAAACAUCUUGAAGAAGCUCAUGAAAAGCUUCAAGUCCAGUUCCAAUUGAGCAAGGAGGAGUGGGAGAAGGAAAGAUCUGAACUGCUUGACAAAAUGUCUUCCAUGCAGAUUAGCUUGGAUUCUCAAACAAGAAUUGUGGAGGGGCUUCAAUCCCAUUUAGAGAUGUGCAACCAUGCAUUAGCCCAUGAAGAAAGCAAGAGGAAACUCCUCGAGGCUGAAAUAUCUGAAUUUAAGAUUUGUUUCAAGGAUGUUUACAGCCAAUGUGAAGAAAAAAAGUCAGAGAUACAACAACUGACCUUUUUGAGGAACGAUGAGAUAGCACGGCUAAGAAACUCACUAGGAGAGAAAGAGACCCUGUUGAGAGAGUUGGGACAUAAAAUUGUUCACCUUGAACAAGAUAAUCAGGAAUUGGGAGAUUCACUUAGGGAACUUAGGGAAGCUCAAAUCCAAAAUGCUGGAGCAAAUUCUUUGGUAUCAAAGCUCCGCAAUAAGCUUAGACGGUUGGAAGAGGUACAUAAAAGCUGUUCCUUAAUUCUCAAGUCUAAGGAAUCUCAAUGGAAUAAUCAAGUGGCAGAGAUGGAAGCAGAUAUUAUUAUUUAUAAGUCUACACUGACCGCUAAAGAACAAGAAAUAAGGGAAAUUCAGAUGGAACUGGAAAAAUGUUAUUGUGCCAUUGAAGAGAAUCAUAUGGGACUCUUGAUCUUUAAAUCAGAACUUGCAGAGGCCAAUUCCAAAUCAUGGGGUGCAGAAACUGAUAAAGCAAAUUGUGUCAAAGAGAAUGAAGAUAUGAUUUUAAUUUCUAAAGAACAACUGAGAGUGAAAGAUUAUUCUCCAAAAUCCAUGGCACGACAAGUGGAGGAAGAGCUUGAACAACAAAAGAGAAUGAUUGGGGAGUCAUCUAAAGAUCAACUCAUCUUGAAAGGAAAGCUCUUGCAGAUGGAAAACACCAUACAAUUUGAAAGAAGUGGUGCAUUUGAGGCUCUAGAAAUGCUGAAACUUGAAAUAGCCAAUAAAAAUGAUGAACUAUCUCGAUUAGCUUGUGAAGUACAGAAUUGGAAGUCUACUGCUGAAACCCUUAAAGUUUCCUAUGAAGAAAUUCAGGGAACAUGUAAAAAGAUGGAAAUUUCCCUUUCUUCACAAAUUGAGAAUGAGCAAGCCCUUAAGCAGGAGAAGGAAAACCUUCUCAGCUUUGUCAAGGAUCAGGAACGGCAGAUAGCUUUAUUGGAAAUGUGCAAUGCAGAGAAAAGAAAGGAAGCAGAAAGAUAUAAGCAAGAGAAAGAGGAUCUUGUUCAAAUUGCAGGGGAGAAAGAUUGUUGCAUAAAAGAUCUUCAAAAAGAUAUAGCUAUGGCCUGCUUGAUGCAAGAGUCCAUGAAAAACAAAUUAGAAGAUGCAAUUCUUACACAACUAGAUGCAGAAAAAGCCCUCGAACAGGAGAGGAAGAUUCUUUUGAAGAUUAAAGAUGAGAAAGAUCGAACUAUAAAGCACUUUGAGGAGCUGGCUACAGCAAUGGAGCAAGAUUUAUUAGGUGCACUGUGUUUCUCUUUCUCAAAACAAAUGGAAAAAUGGGUUGAGGUUAGUGCGCUUAAUGAGGCCUUGAAGAAUGCAGAAUACCUGACAAAGCUAGAAAUUGAAGAGAAGAACUCGAGAACAGUGAAAUUGGAAUUGGAAAUUAAGAGUUUGAUCGAGAAUAUUGCACAAACCGAAGAAUCAUUCUUCCAUUUAAAACAAGAAGCAAAGCAGCUUCAAGGAUCAUUAGAAGUCGUGAAGUUGGAAAAUGAAAAAUUGAGAGAUAAACAGCAGACCAUGGAAUCCAUAAUUACAGAGCUCAAGUUUGAUAAAGGAAAUUUGCUCCAAGACGUAAUGAAGUUAUCAACGGAAAGGGAAGAUAUAUUGGCACAUUUUGAAGACAUCUGUGACAAAAUUGGAGUGUUGUCCAGCGAAGAGAUGCAAUUGACUGAGAGGCUGUCGAAUAUGUUGAAUACUUCUGUAGAUGAAAACGAGACAGCAAUGGAUUCAGUAAUAUGUGACAAGCUACAUGAUUCUGCUAGAGAUAGUGCAAAUGGUUUUCUUUUUCCUUCCUUAACUACAAAAUUCGAAGAAAAUUUUAAUGAACGACCGCCCCUGAGAGAGGUCAACAGUUUGCAUAUGUAGACCAGAGAAGAAAUUUGUGUUCUUGCUGAAGAAAAUGCCACAAGGUGUUGGUCGUUUCACAAGCAAACUGAAGUUGUCCAGGGG